GGCCGUGGCGGCGGCCACCGCAGCCUCCCACGCGCCGCUGACGCCAAUGGCGCGCGCCGGCCGGCGGGCUACGGAUGGCGGCUGCCCGGGCUCGGGCGAGGGGCGGGGCGAGGCGGCGAGGGGGCCGGCGGGAGGCGGAGGCCGGGCGGGCGGCUGGAGGGAGGUGGCGGGGACACUGUGUGGCUCUCGGAACAUGGCGGGCGUCUGCGACGCGGCCGCCCCGGGAGAAGGCGGCGGUGGCGGCGCGGACGGCCCCGAGCGCACCGGCCGCAGCGAGGCAGAGCAGCCGGGUGGCGGCGGCCAUGGGCCCGCACCCCAGCACACCGAGACGCUGGGCUUCUACGAGAGCGACCGGCGGCGGGAGAAGCGCCGCGGCCGCGCAGAACUGUCAUUAUUGAGGUUCCUCGGUGCUGAACUGACUAGAGGAUACUUCCUUGAACAUAACGAAGCCAAGUAUACCGAGCGAAGAGAAAGGGUGUACACUUGUAUGCGAAUACCACGAGAAUUGGAAAAGCUCAUGUUUUUUGGAAUAUUUUUGUGCCUCGAUGCCUUUCUGUAUGUGUUCACCCUGCUUCCUUUAAGAGUCUUUCUGGCGCUAUUCAGGCUCCUCACUCUGCCUUGCUAUGGCUUAAGGGACAGACGUUUGCUUCAGCCUGCACAGGUGUGUGACAUUUUGAAGGGUGUCAUUUUGGUAAUCUGCUAUUUCAUGAUGCACUAUGUUGACUACUCCAUGAUGUACCACCUGAUAAGAGGCCAGUCUGUCAUCAAGCUCUAUAUCAUCUACAACAUGCUAGAGGUAGCCGAUCGUCUGUUCUCCUCGUUUGGACAGGAUAUAUUAGAUGCUCUCUACUGGACAGCCACAGAGCCGAAAGAAAGAAAAAGAGCACACAUCGGAGUGAUUCCUCACUUCUUCAUGGCUGUUCUUUAUGUCUUUCUACAUGCAAUUCUUAUCAUGGUUCAAGCGACAACUCUCAAUGUAGCUUUUAACUCUCACAACAAGUCACUGCUUACGAUCAUGAUGUCUAAUAAUUUUGUUGAAAUUAAAGGAAGUGUAUUCAAGAAGUUUGAAAAGAACAAUCUCUUUCAGAUGUCAAAUAGUGAUAUUAAGGAACGAUUCACAAAUUAUGUGCUUUUGCUAAUAGUGUGCUUAAGAAACAUGGAACAGUUUUCUUGGAAUCCAGAUCAUCUCUGGGUAUUGUUUCCUGAUGUCUGUAUGGUGAUUGCAUCAGAAAUCGCUGUGGAUAUUGUAAAGCAUGCCUUUAUCACCAAAUUCAAUGACAUUACUGCAGAUGUCUACAGUGAAUAUAGAGCCAGCCUUGCUUUUGACCUUGUUAGCAGCCGACAAAAAAAUGCAUACACAGACUACAGUGAUUCCGUAGCACGAAGAAUGGGAUUUAUUCCUCUCCCACUAGCUGUCUUACUCAUCAGAGUUGUAACAAGCUCAAUUAAAGUGCAAGGAAUCCUGUCCUAUGCCUGUGUCAUACUCUUCUAUUUUGGGUUGAUCUCCUUGAAAAUACUUAAUAGCAUUGUGUUGUUGGGAAAGUCAUGUCAAUAUGUGAAGGAAGCCAAAAUGGAAGAGAAGCUAUUUAAUCCUCCCCCAGCCAGCACACCUGGAAAACCCUCCAGCAAGUCCCAGAGCAAGUGCAAGUCCUCUCAAGAAGAAAACCUGUCUGCCUCCGUCACCAGCCAGCCUGUUCAUCAGAAAGAAAAUAUCAGACCCUUACUCGUGACCAGCAAUUCUGAUCAGUUCCUAACAACCCCAGAUGGUGAUGAGAAGGACAUAACACAGGAAAAUUCUGAGCUAAAACACAGAUCCUCAAAGAAAGAUUUGUUAGAGAUAGACAGGUUCACAAUUUGUGGGAACCGGAUUGACUGAGUUUGUGACUAAUGAGACGAAGAUGCCAGGCCCCGGGGCCACACAUGCUGGGUGCCAGAACACUUGCUAAAAAUGGCACUUAAAUAUUUAUUUAAAAACUUAAAUUAUUAAUGGCAAGCAAAUCUUAGUAUCUUUCUUCCAGUAACGUGGCCUUGCAGAAGGGCAGAUCACAGAACAGCGAUGGCCUCUGGCCUUGACUCUGGAUGCUGACAGUUGAUGAACACUUUCUCCUGUUUGGAACAGCAGGGCCGCUUCCGGCAGCUGGCCCGAGCACUGCAGCAGCUCCUUUCCUUUGUCAGCCUGGGCUUCCAGAACUUUGGCUAUUCCUCAAGGCCUCUGCAGUAUAAGGACACACCUAGGAAACUGUGACGUUUUACCAUGAGUUACCUUUCCAGCCUCAGACUGUUUCCACACACUUUCCAGACUUGACUCCAUCUGCCAAAGCAUUGACAAGUUAUUACAUAUAUAAGUCCAGAUAAAUGUUCUUACCACCAGAGUCAUCCUUGGCAAUACAUCUGAGCUAGUAAAAGGCUACUUAACUGCAACGAGAUGAAUAGCAGCGUCCUAUAAGAAACAACGGGCCACUCAUUUACAUUAUACAGGUCAUGUGUCACUGAGAAAUGCUUCCUGCCACCUCAGUUACUCUGAGGGCAGAGUGUGAGCUGUGUGACACAGGCGCAGUGAUGGUGAAAGGCACAGAGCAAUGUCAACUUUAAGGUGCAGAGUGGCCUGGCUUUGCUUUAAGGCUGAUGGCUUCGUGGGUUAUUUCAAGUUUAAGGAGCUGGUGUUGAAUUGGCUGAAAAGCUGUUGCCAGCGACAAGCUAGUGUGUUGGCUUAUGUUUUGUUUGGAGUAACAGUUUUAAAGUAUUCCCAGCAGAUUGAGCAUCACCUUGCUGGACUUGUAAAAUGCAUUUGUCUUUCUGUGGGUGUGUUCUGUGUGGGAAGAGACCCUCACAUGACUGACCUUAAGUAAGGUGUUUGGGACACUGUAACUAGCCACCAAAAGGUGCUCUGGGGUUUUCAUUUGAGAUAAAGAUGCUAUUCCUGCUUCAUUACUACCUUCUAGCAUCCAAGGACAAGUUCUUGCCACCCUACUUUACCCUAAGAAUCUUUUCUACACUUCUCUUAGAAAGUUGACCGCUUCUGAUCUGACCUGUCUGGAAGAUGGUACUCUUUAUUUCCUAUGCUGUCUUCUGAAACUCAACUCUCAUGCAGAUGUUUAGGCACAGAUGGCAACUUUUUAGAUGGUCUGCCUGUAUCCUGGAUAAGUAUAAAACUAGCUUGGAUGCUUGGCUUGUGCAUUUGAGAUACAGGAGGGUUUCUAAUGUUUUGCACUAACAGAAUCUAAAGAUAGCUGUUGGAGAUACUAUAUAUUUAUGCCUUGUAAAACCAGGAAGCAAUUUUAAGUUUAAAAUGAACAUUUUUAUUCUUUUGUGUAUGUUUUAGUGGGGCCCCACUUUUAAACUAUUCUUUUUACCAAAAGAAAGUGUCCAUGGCAACCAGGAGCAGUGUGGAGAAAGCUUUGCCAAACGCAGCCCUGGUCAGAACAAGAACACGACCUAGGUGUAUCUUUCUGUUCCGCUUGAGUUUUCUGUUUCUGCGCUAUUCUCUGAAGAUUGCAUUUCUUUUGCAGAUGCUCUUGGGAGUGUGGAUGAUACUCACUUCUGUCAUAAUGGCAUUCAGUACUAAUUUUAUAAGUGCAUCUUGUGUGAAACUCAAUAAAUUCAAUUUUAUAAUCUUUUUUAAAAAGGUCACUGAA